CCUCCCGGAGAGAACCAGCCGCACUGUCCGGCUCAGCCUCGCUCCCUGAGGGAAGUAGCAUUCAGAGAGGAUGCAGGGGCCUGCCAGUCCCGAAACACAUCCAUCACUAACCCGGGGCUGUUAAGGCUGGUCCGGGCUAUGGCUGCACCCAUCGCACAUUUCGACGAAGACUGGCCGAUUUUCAGUGAUCCGAGCAUGGUGGUCGCGGACCAGAAAGGCCGCGUUGCAGUCACCGCUGUGGGGGAAGAAGAGGCGGCAGCAGCAGCCCGGCAGCUCCUCCCGGGUGAUGGUGAUGAUGAUAUCAACGAGCUGCGAGACGGCAGCUUCUUCCCGGGGGGCGCCUGUGUUUACAAGUCCAUGGAGGAUUUGGUGAACGAUUUUGACGAGAAGCUCUCCGUGUGCUUUCAAAAUUUUGACGCAAAGACAGACAGCAUCGCCCCGGUUAACGUGAUCGGUGAGGACACCCUGCUGGAGGAAGACGAAAUCUGGAACGCUUUGACCAGUAAUUACGGCCAUGUUAUGCCGGUGGAUUGGAAACGGUCUCGGACUUGCUCCCUCCAUGUCCCCACGUUCAACCUGGAGGAAAAACCUGGGAAGAAGGAUGUGACCACUGAGCUGUCGGACGAUGAGGAGCUGAGAGAGCAGCUGGACAUGCACUCCAUCAUCGUCUCCUCCCUUGCUGAGGAGCCGCUCUUCACAGCAGAGCAGGUUAUCGAGGAGAUCGAGGAGAUGAUGCAGGACUCUCCUGACACAGAGGCUGGGCACAAUCCGUCCCAGUCGGACCUCUCGAUGCUCUCUCUGGACGUCCAGCGCUCCAUCAGCAGCCCCAGCUUUGAGAGAAGGUUGAGUACCAUGAGCGUGGCCGAGCUGAACGAGCGCCUGGAGGAGACGGAGGCAAACAUCAGGAGGUUCUCGGAGGAGCUGGUGCAGCAGCUGGCUCUCAGAGACGAGCUGGACUUCGAGAAGGAGGUGAAGAACAGCUUCAUCUCCGCGCUCAUCGACGUACAGAACCGACAGAAGGAGCACCGGGAGCUGCUGAAGAAGAAGAAAAAGCUUAAAGGUGGAGCCGGGUCAUCACAGAGUCAGGCUGAGAAGACGACUGGAUCACGCUUCAGCAUGGAGGGACUCUCCUCUGUCAUUCAGAACAGCUUUCGACAGACUUUUGGGAGCGGGUGCAUUGAAAGACAGUAUUUGACCACAGUCAUCCCGUACGAGAAGAAGGGACACCCUCCGUCGCUAGAGGACCUCCAGAUCCUGACUAAGAUUUUACAUGCAAUGAGGGACGACAGUGACAAGGUGCCCAGCCUCUUAACAGACUACAUCCUCAAAGUGCUUUGCCCGACGUAAAACCAGAGGGGACACCGCCGGCCGAACACGCUGCGUGGAUGAAGAGGGCACAUUUUUAGUUUUCGGCUGACAUGAAGCACACUUAAUUUAUUCCUGCAUGUUUUUUUUACCUCAAGAUGUGACUUUUUUUGUGUGUCAUUUUUCCAUUGUGUUUGAUUUAUUUUGGGUUCAAGCCUUGUGAUUUUAGAACCUUAUGUGUGAUCCUGUGCAGUCUUACUUUUCUUUUCCAAAAGAGUAUUGUAAAAGAAAAUGACGAGUAAUGUAAGAAGAAAUGCGUCCGGAUAGAUACAUACCAGCAAAGAAGCUGCAGUGUUUGUAAACUGUGCUUUACCUGUUGGUUAGAAGUAAGAUGCAAAGGGCUUUUGUAUUUAAAUGGAGGUGCUAAGCUAUCUACGAGGCGACGAUAAAAUGCACUGAGCACGUUGAACACAGAAGUGGCAGUUAUAGAGAAAUAUAAACUAUAUUUCUGAAGCAUCAGAAUUGUUAACAAAAGAGUAAAGAAAGAUUUAUGAAGGUUUGAAUGAUCCUAAUGAGGAAAUUAAAGUAUCAAAACGGCACAUGAGAUCGAUCAGAGACAAGAAACUAAUGUUUGAACUAAUCAAAUAGUUACAGUUAACCAAAAUUAAACCAUCCUAUAAUUUAACACCACCUUCCAUAUAACCGCAGAAUCACCGAGCUACCUGCUUUCAUCUCAGCAGAGCAAACGAUACAUCAUUAUAUGUACUAUACAUAUUAUUAUUAUGUGGAGGAGAUGAAGUGCUGGUGGUGAAGCUGAUGGAGUCUGGACUGAUAGUAACUAACUAUGCAUAAGAAUGAACACUGAAUUUGUGACCCCUGCACUGUCUGAACUUUCUGAAUCAGAGACUGUCGAUGUGCCUGCUGUGCACAGGGCAGCCUUUAUAUACGCCACGACUAGGCUAUAUUAUAAUUCUGUAUAUAUUCUUAUAUAUGAACAAGCUGCCUUUGCCUUUGCCUGAACUUUUGUACAUUUUAAAAGACUUAUUCUCAAUGAAUGUCAAACUGCUGGACUAUUUAAAGCCUGCUCCGUUGUUUGUUUAUUUUGUAAAAUAUCUUAUUUCAGAUAUAUGAAUUAAAUCAAACCCUUUAAGUCUG